UUUGUUGGUCUCCGUCAUUUAGCUAUAGAAGGGAUGCUGAAAUUAAUUUUUUUAAUCGCAAAUUUUAACGUAUUUUCGUUUUUACUUUACUGAAAAGACUGAAAACAUUAUAUUAUUUUAUUUGCGAGACACAACAGAUAAACAGCAUACAAGAGUUGACAAUUUAUGAACGGCUGUAAUGCUUGAUUAUGACAGACGAAAAAUUUCAAUACGUUUUCCAAACAAAUCAGAAAUACUGUUUAGCUGUAGCUGCCAAGAUUCAUGAAAAAAAUGUCUUCAACGAUGUAACAUAAAACAGUUAUCAAUAUCCAAAUCAUAAUAAUUUGUUUAUUAUGAUACAAACACUUCGGUGGCAGGGCUAUCCGGUGAUGAUCUCACGACUGUAUAAAUACAUGUUGAAUUUUUCAUAGUGUUCUUUUUUUGUUAAACUUUAAACUUGAGCAAUACUUAUUAUAUGUAUGUAAAUACGUAAGACAAACAAACACUCCAAACUGUGAUAUAUCUCCUAUAUUUUUGUUACGUAAAGCUGCUUAGACAGUAYAUUUAGCUAUACAAAAGUACCUUUAUAAUAUAUUAUACAAAAAAUUACACUUACGUGCUAUGAGCGAGAGCCAAUUCUUUUGCCCUCGGCUGAUCGACUAUAUAGCUAUCGUCGGAGCUCAUCCAAAUUCUUCGAAAAGAAGUUCUUUAUACGAGUUACAAAACAAUGGAUCUAACAACAACGAAUACAGCGGAGUCAGUUCAACUGUGUCCAGUAAUGAUGAAAACUUUUAUAUUCAGAACCCAGAAUUACUCCGACGGUAUCCAGCAGAAGAUCAUAAAGAUUUUAUAUUACCAGAAACAAUGUCAUAUUUUUGUCAACCAGAAGGAUGUGUUUCCUUCAAGCAUAGCCGAUCUGAAUCGAACAAAGUUACGUCAUUUGUAUUUACCCUAACAGAUAAAGAUACAACUCGAACUAGAUACGGCGUGUGUGUAAAUUUUUAUAGACGUGUUGGUCAAUGUUUUACGAAUACAUCAAAGAAUAUCAAUGAAGAUAGUGGAAAUAAACCACAGAACACUCAUUCGUCAGUAUUUUUAAGAUGUCAUUCUUCAACAUCCUUUGGCAAAUCAAUGUCUCAAGAUUACCCAACAGAUCAAUCAAGCGAUACAGUUACACAAAAUAUUUCACCACAGCCGGGAUCCCAAGAUUUAUAUUCUCUUACAUCUUUGUGUCUUCUUUCUCAUCAUCCUUUAUUUUCUAGUUUUCGUACAUGUUUGUUUUAUUUAAAAAGCCUUAUUGAUUCUUGCAAUAAAAAAAUUAAUCGUAGCAGAAAAGAAGGACAUAAAAGAAAAGAAUGUAUAUGGAGUUUAUUGACUGGACUUUUAACUCAAUCAAAUUCACCUAGAAUUAUAGGAUUUAUCAAAGAACUUGAAAUGUGGAUAUUACGUUUGCUCAGCACUCCAGUUCCUGUACCAGGGAAGACCAAACUGGAGGUUUAUUUAUUUUCACGAAACGAGCGACAGCUACCAUUAGUCAUCGCGUUACCCGACCACACGAGAUUUUCACUGAUUGAUUUCCCUUUACAUUUACCAUUAGAGUUGUUGGGAGUAGAUACGUGCCUCUAUGUAUUAACUAUUAUAUUAUUAGAAAGUAAAGUCGUCUUCCAAUCAAAGGAUUAUAAUGCUCUCACUAUGUCAGUAAUGGCUUUAGUGGCCCUUAUGUAUCCUCUGCAAUACAUGUUUACUGUUAUACCAUUGCUGCCUACUAGUCUACCAAAAUCGGAAAUGCUAUUCGAAAGUCCCGUGCCUGUGGUUGGAGUUCCGUCCAGUUUUUUUUUAACAAAACGAGAUUUCAGAUUUCCAAAAGACGUUUGGAUAGUAGAUUUAGAUUCGAAUAAAAUAACACCACCUAUAGUAGUUAACCGAGAAGAUGCUAUACCACAGUUACCCAAAUCUGAAUCGUUAAUUUUGAAAAAUAAUUUGAAAUCUGCAUUAAAUGGACUUUCACGAAUAAAUAUUAACAAUAAAGCAACAAAUAGCUUUCCAGAAAAUGAAGUUAUGUCAACAAUGCGGCCUGCRAUGGAAUUUUCAAGUACAGGCGAAGAUAUCUCAAAAAGAAAUAUGGAAAACUUUCAAUCAAGAAGUAAUUUCAUAAACACUGAUAACAGUGCAAAUCGAGGAAACGAAAUAAGAAGACAAAUCUCGACGAAUUCAGCGUACAACACAGUCGAUAUCGAUUCGGUGGAUAUUGCGAUCAGGGUGGCUAUGGUUCGUUUCUUUUUGUCCGGCGACGUUUUGGCUAAUCUAACAGAACAUUCACGGACAUUGAGGCUCUACCCUAGACCUGUAGUAUUCUUUCAAAUCAAUUCUUUUCUCAAGAGCAGGCCUAACCCGUCACUUUUCACUUGUCWACUGUCUCGAACACAAGCAGUAGAUUAUUUCGCCGAAUGGGCAUUGACACCGAACAACGUAGUCUUCCAACGAAUUCAAACCGGUGUUAGUGACCCAUCCAUGAUUGGCGAUAAGCUUAAAUGGUUUGCGAAUACCUUAGAGCCUGUUGUAUUUACCGUCUGGCAAGAAAAUUGUUCGAUUCAAAAUAUUAUGAAUGCCAAUGUAAAUUCUGAACGACCUUCUUUGGCAUUGGCUGAUGGGAGUCGUCGGUCCGACAGUGACGGUAGCGAUAGUAGUAGCAGCGAAGACGAGAGACCAGAAAUUUAUGGUGAAGAUUUCAAAGCCAAUGUUACUAGUGAAAAAAUUCUGAAGAUAGAAAGUCAAAGACUCAAUAUUGGACCAAUAGUACAAGGAGUACACACUGCUUAUGAACCUCCAAUAACAUUACAACUACCAAUGGCAUCAGACGAUAGCCCAGAUGAGGAUGGAACCGUAGAAUCAAUUGGCAGUAAAUCUAUCGGAUCCUCACCGUCCAGUAGCCACAGUGACAUGAGCUCACCAAUGUUUAAACCCGAAUCAAUAAUAACAUCUGAAUUCUAUCAAACAUUACCAGUAGCAACAGAAAAGAAACAAAAUAUUAUACCUAGUCCACCCUCAUCAAGAAAGGGAAGUUUAAGUAGCUUACACCAACAAUUGACAAGACAAUCCAGUCAAAACAAUUCAAUAUUGGAACAUUUUGCAACUCAAGCAAAAGAACUUGUUAGAGAAACAGCCAGGCAAAGUAGUCAAGAAGGAGCUGGAGGAAUACUAGCGCAUGUAGCAGAUAAACUGACCACUCAAGCAAAAAAAGCUGCAGGCGAAGCUACAAAAUCUGUACAUGAAGCUAGUAAAAGUGCAUUUGAAGCCAGUAAAACAGCGGCUGGUGUUAGUAAAAACACUUUUGAUGAUUUAACAUAUGUYGGAAAAAGCACAAUUGGUGAUCUCACAAAAAGUGCAAAACAAGUAGCAUCAAAAAAAGGAUUUAAGGUAGGAUUAUUAGGCGAAUCUACGUCUUUAAGUUUACAGCAGCUGAGUUUUGAUGAUGAAAUAAAUGAGAAUAAUCCACCAUCUAAUCCAGUUUCAACCAGUUCUGUUUCGGAAAUUAGAAAAUCAUCAGUAACAUCAAUGGGAACUGGUGCCACAAAAGAUUUUUUUUCAAAUAUAUCAAAUGAUAUAAAUGGAUUGGCAAAUCAAACAACAAGCAUGUUUACUGAUUUAUUUGGUGGUAAUAAACAACAAAAAAAUAGUAAAUCAUCGCUUACAUUGCCAGUGACUAAAACUAAGGAACGGACUUCCUCUGGACCUUUUCCAACAAAAGCCGGGCGUAAUGAUUUAGUUGAGAAAUCUACUUUGAUCCGUCACUCAAAUCCAAGAAAACUAAGUGAAACAUCAAAAAUACCAAAUAAAAAAUCAGUCAAACCUAACAGUCACAUGGACAAUGAAACAUUUUUAAAGGACGUAACAAAACAGAUUCUUGAUGGAGAUGGGAUAGGUUGGUUGAAGCUCAGUAGAUUCAAAAAAUUAAUGGAAGAAGAGGGCUACCGGAAUUUAGUAGUUAGUAAACUUAACCGGACAUUGGAUAAUAAAAUUAGUCCAAGUGAUCACAUUGAUGAUGUGUAUAUAAAUAGAUUUGUUUGGAAAGGRAUGCUUAAAGCCUUACUAGCAAUUAUCCAUGGAUUAGAAGUAUCUUUUGGUAAUCAAUGUGGAGGUGGUUUAGCAUCUGCAUUCCAAGUAUUAGAAAUAGCUCAUACUCAUUAUUGGGCUAAAGACAUAUCUAUGACUGGUUUUGAAUCUCAAAUGUCCAGUCCAUACAGUAGCCGUGAAAAUGUACAAUCACCACUGCAGAGUCCAAGUAUUGCUGGUUCACCAAUAUCGAGUGUUUAUCAAACAUCUAGGAAAUCUUCUCAGACCAGUACAUCUGGACUAUCUGAAUGUAAAAAUAGUGGAGCUGGAAAAUUUUCCCAUGAAUUUUCAUUGGUUGAUGAUGGUGAAGGAUCAACUUCUAAUCCUUCUUUAAAUGAAACGUUCAAUGAUUUAAUAAAUAUCGAAAACAAUAAACAAGAACAAAUUUCAACAAAUCCUUUUUUGGAAAACGAAGGAGAAUUAUCAUCCAUUGGACCGAUAGUAGUAUCAGAUGAAUCCAGUUGUAAUAGUAGUUCAGUUCUAGUUAAAAAUCCAUCAUUUUAUUUGAAACGGAUGACAAAUAAUAACAGCAGAAGUAAUGCAUCAUUCUUUCGAAGUGCUGUAUCAGACAGCGAACUUGAUAAUACGGGACUUUUCAAGGCAGCUAACAAAAAUCGCACUCAAAGUAUUUGGUCCAGUAAAUCAUCACUAAGCGCUGGAUUUCGAUAUCAUGGAGGUAAUUUGUUAAAUACUGCAUCUGGGUUCCCUAGUCCAGAAUCGGGGCGUACUUAUUUGUUUGAAGGUAUAAUUGGAAAAGAACGUAGUACAAUUUGGGAUCAACUAAAAUUUUGGGAAGAUGUAUUUAUUGAUGCUGUUAGCCAAGAGAGAGACAUGAUAGGCAUGGAUCAAGGACCAAUAGAAAUGAUGGAAAGGUAUAAAAAUCUUAACCUAAGUGAGCGGAAACGCCUAGAAUACGAUGAAGACAAGCUUCUAUCCAUAAUGAUAUACAAUUUAAUUGCAUUUAUGAUCAUGGUAAAUGUUCCAAAGGAAAGCAUCAUGAAAAUUGUUAGAACUUUAGUCGGGAAAAGUAGAGUAACAAAUUGUUAUGCUACUGAAAUUACAAGCCUUAUGUCUCAACUAUCCAAUUUGAAUGGCAAUGACGUUGAUUUGAAGCCAUCAAAUUCAAGACAGGCACAUAGGCAAAGCUUUGCUGUACAUUGUGGUGAUUCUACUGGGGAAUUGUUGUUCUUAGAAGUUAGAGAUGACGGACUAGUUCUGAGAUCAGUUAGCGGAGUGAUUGUCAGUAGAUGGUGGUAUGAACGCAUUGUAAACAUGACUUACAGCCCUAGAAGUAAAAUAUUUUGUCUUUGGAGAACCGCCAACGGUGGUCAACUUCAACUGAACAAAUACUAUACAAAAAAAGUACAAUUGGGGGGGAAGCAUCACGUGUGGGGAGAAUAA